AUGACCUUCUCAAACCCCACCGGCAAGCGUGCCAGAGACGACUAUCUGCAGCGAGCUGGGCCUUCAGCUCCAACAGAUCCCGACCGUCCCGUGCCCUUGGACAACCCGCAACGCCUAGCUCUCACCCUUGACUCUCACACCGCCCUCUUCAUGCCCGCCCGCUUUGGCUCCUCCACGGCAUGCAAGAUUGUCGGUGUGCCUUCUGCCUCUGCUUCUCCCUCGAUAGCCCAAGCGGGCAUCCCAGGGUCAACCAUCCUGCUCGACGGACAGACAGCAAAAGUCAAGGCAAUUGUGGACUCGACGAUUUUGACCGCGCUACGGACAGCGGCGGGCAGCGUGUUGGCAACCCAGCUGUUCUUACCUGCCGGUGAGAGAGGACCGCAGGGAGGGUACAAGGUGGUCGUCUUCGGUGGUGGGAGACAGGCCUUUGCUCAUGCUUGGUUGCUUGAUCAGGUGUAUGGGGGCGAGGUGGGAACGCAGGUGACUUUCGUCACGAGGAAGAUGAUGAACAAGACCGAGCUCCCAGCGAUAGCUAGGGAAUUUCCGGGCGUCAACGAGGAGCCAGAGCCUGGCUCGGUGUACGUUGGAACUCAUCCUGCGAAGGGCGUGACGAGCGAUGACAAGGAAGCCAUUGCGAGUCUCGUGAGCGAGGCAGACAUUGUGUGCUGCUGCACACCGUCAACGGAGCCCCUCUUCCGAUUCGAGGACCUCAAGCGGGGAGCGCAUGUUAACAUGGUUGGAUCGUAUAAGCCCCACAUGCAAGAAGUUGAGCCGGACCUCAUGCGCAGCGCAGCAGCGGCUGGUACAUUGCUUGUGGACUCGACGGAGGCGUGUGCUCACGAGGCCGGCGACCUCAUCAAGGCGGGCAUUAAUGCACUGCAGUCCACUGACGAACAUAUCGUCAAGGAGCUGGGCGCUGAGCUUGAGCAGUCAUCUCAGUCUUCGCGCUCGACGGAGAGGAGAGUCUCUGUCUUCAAGUCGGUCGGCGUGGGCGUGCAGGAUGUGCGCAUCGCUGAAGACAUCUACGAGGCGGCCGUGAGAGGGGCGAUUGGCAGCAGCAUUCCCUACUGA